GCAGGUGUUCUUAAUAAUUAGAUCUGACCGUUGUGGCUGGGCUUCCGUAAACUACCCAAACUAGAAGUGCCCUUGAAGACAACGCAAACACCGAGCCUCGUACAUUUUUCGUCGAUAAAUUUAUUUGAUCGGGAGAGACAAUUUUACAUUUUUUACGAAACUAUUCAAAUAACAGAGCCGUGCCCCACAGAGUAAACAAGAAAAUGGCGUCAAGCCGAAAUGAACCAAGUGAACGGAGUAGUCCUCGUCUAAAUGGUUUGGACAGAAUCCCCAAGCCGUUUUUAAUCGGCGUUGCUGGGGGAACGGCUUCUGGAAAGUCAUCAGUAUGUGCGAAAAUUAUGGAUCAGUUGGGUCAGGCCGGAGUGGAUCACAGACAAAGACAGGUGGUUAUUAUCAGUCAAGAUGCUUUCUAUAAAAACCUCACACCGGAACAAGAUGUCCGAGCUAAACGAGGAGAAUUUAAUUUUGAUCAUCCAGAGGCAUUUGAUUUUGAUGCGAUGGCACAGGCGCUGAAAGAUAUUGCUGCUGGUAAAAUCGUUGAAAUACCAGAAUAUGAUUAUGUUCACAACUGCAGGAAGGACAAUGGUAUGAAGAUCUAUCCUGUUGAUGUUGUAUUAUUUGAGGGAAUUCUAGUCUUUUAUUUUAAAGAAUUACGUGAAAUGUUCCACAUGAAAUUAUUUGUAGAUACAGACCCUGAUACCAGAUUAUCCCGGAGAGUGUUAAGAGAUAUAAAGGAAAGGGGAAGAACUCUAGAGAAAAUUCUACAUCAAUACACUACUCUUGUAAAACCUGCAUUUGAAGAAUUCUGUCUACCUACCAAGAAAUAUGCUGAUGUUAUUAUACCUAGAGGAGCAGAUAAUACAGUUGCUAUCGAUCUGAUUGUUCAACAUAUUCAAGAAUUAUUACGACCAACCAAAACUAACAAGAGAACAAGGCACAACUCUGAUUCGUUCGUUGGUAGACCACACUAACCAGUGAUGAAAAAUAUUGGUUUAUUUCAUGAAAGUAUUAUCAACUACCAAUUUCCGUACUGGAAAAUAGAAUUUAUUAGGACCUUGCUUUACCCUGCAUACAGAAAUUAAACAUUCAUAAAAGAUUUAUUUGGAAUGGAAAAGAAAACAAGGUCCACUAUAUAAUAAAUAUUUUUUGUGUACUAAUAGUAUUAAAAAAGACAGAGAGGCUGCUGUUCAGGCCAAAUUCUCCAAAUUAUUUGUGGAUGUAAAAGAUCCCUUAUAAGAAGAGGCUAUUUUUCUAACAAAAUUCUCAUCUUGACAUUGGAUAUGUAACCAAAAUUACUGUGUUAGUCUCAUAAUGGACAGAAUAAUCUGUUAAACAGAUAUUUAGAUCCAUUCAUUUCCUCAUAUACUUAGUAUUGAUCUACAACUAUUUCAAAAUUUAGUGGUGACAUAUAUACUGGGACGAAUAUCUCAAGUCAACAAUAAACCAAAGACAGAAUUUAACAGAAAAAGCUUCAAAGUAUUCUGUUGAUUAUAUUGUGAUUUUUACAGUAGAAAAUUAUGCAGUAAUCAUUUUUACUUUCUGAUAUCUUUUUGUUUUGUUUUGAACAAGGACCAAGACUGCUCAUGGAAAAGAUUUGAAGUUUUUUUUUUGUCGCAAUCUGGUUAAAACACAGAUCCUAUUUCGUUUUGAUUUUAUAGUACAAAAUUUCGUUUAACUUGUCUCUACUACACUUGGAUCUGGAAGAGUUGUUAUUUAACUCGUGUUCUGAAUGGUGUCAGGGAUAAGCCAAUGAAACAGUCUGUUACGGCGAGCUUUAGGCAUGUUUUGCACAGAACUGUGGGUAAUCCACUAGUAACAUCAAUGCUGAUUGGUUAAUCAAAUGUCUGACAUCAUAGGGUCAUAAGUCAGUCUUUUGACCCCUGACAUGACCUAUCGCUAUAACUUGUCAGAUCUUCAUGUAGUGUAGGCCAUCGAAAGUAUAAAAAACCGAAACGAAGUAUAGAUCUGUAUUUUAAUCAGAUUGUUUUUGUCGGUAGCACAUAUUUUUCUGUUCUUGUUUUAAAUGCCCUCUAUUUUUAUUGUCUCCUUGUUAAGUAAACCAUCAAUGUAUUGUGUUCAUUUCUGUAAUUGAAACACCCCUGUUACGGACGGAAAAAUGAGCUGCCCUAGAAAGUUAUUGCACAUUUUAUUUUAUAUUUCAAUGUUAAACCAAAGCUGCGAAAUUGUCAGACUACGAUUUUAAACACGUCAUGUAAAUAGUGUUUUUAUAGACUGUUCAUAUUAGUGUGUAUCGGGUUUUUAGGGAAAAUUGUUGUUUUUUUCACAUUUAUGUAUUAUUAAAACUAUAUUUCUGGAAACCCGACCCAUUGUCUCUUGGUCUCAGACAGCAUGAAAUUUUCUUUUUAAUUCAGACUUAUGAUGUAAAAAUCUAUUCCCAGUAAAAUAUUACUCUUUCUCUUUCUUUGAUCGAAUUCAUAAAACAAGUAUAUUCCAGACAUUUGUUAAGAAUUACCUCGUAUAAAUGCACGUAUACACUAGAUCCAAGAUAAUCCGUUAACCUCGAUGUCGGUAUAGCAAGGGUAAAAUACAAAAUACUCCCUUUUCAUCAGUGUGUUCAGCAUGGCAUCCACUUUAAAACUAUGACUAUACCGCACAUAAGCUUGGCAAAUUAAUUUAUUGACAUCAUUAGAAUGUUUAAAUCAAUCUAAACAGCAGAUUUGGUUAUUAAAAAUAGUCUUAUCUAUAAUAUAACUAAUAUCUCUUAUGUAUAAAGGCAAUAGGAGAAAAAUAUUUGUUUUAUCCUAUGAAUGUUUUAUCCUAUUUGCGGUUAGACUUCUUCCAAUCUAGGUCGACUGGCUUGUCCGGCAUAUAUGGACAAAACUGAAUCGGGACGAGAGACAAUGGGCUUUCCCAGAAUUCCUGUGUAUAUGCAUGUAUAUACUUGAAGUGUGUUUUAAUCUUGUGUCAUAAAUAAUUCAGAUGUUUCUCGGAGAAAACAAAAUUGGUUUUAACAGCCACUCAACACAAACUGGGUUAUUUUGGGACUUACAUAUUGUUUAAUUUUAUUUCGCGUAGGGUGAUUUGUGGGCAAGGAGCAAACCCAUGAGGUUAGGCAUGCCAUCCUACUCUUUGUCAUGUAAAAGUGUGGGAUCGGAACCACGUCACCUGACUCAAUGACAGACAUUAUGAGCUAAAGUGCACGUGUUAACUCAUUCUGCCAAACAAUCCCCAAAAUGUUACUCAGUGUUUACCUUUGGGUACAGUGGGUGCUCAGAGGCAUAUAUUUUACCCAUAACCUCCGUCAUGUUUCGAAACCUGGAACUCACUAGUCAAAGUCGGACAAGGAAAAUGUGCCUGGUUGUUCGGAUCGAAUGAAAAAUAAAACUGAUUGUACAAGCAACCAUAGUAAUUGAUGAAAGUUUCCAUAUGAUAGUCUCAAAUGACAAGAUGUUAAAACCUAACCCAUUCCAUACUCUUGUGUUUCUCAGUGAAAUCAAGUUUAACUCAUGACUUGGAUGAACAGAGAACAUAAAGCUAGACCAAUUUUAUACCAAAGCACCAGCGCUUUCUUAAUUGUAUGUGAUAAGAAAUAAGGUCGCCUUUUUAACCUUGUGGGUUUUGUCUGGGUUUCCUCCCACUGCUAAAGACCCCUACACGCAAGUGAGUCAUUGAAAUAAAAUUGAACCAUAUGUUAGUCCCGAUUUAAGGUCUGUCAUUCAGUCAAAUGGUGUCAUUUCGAUUCCCCGCUUGUAUGUUUUCUCCGGACCCUCCAGUUUCCUCCCACUGCUAAAGACCCCUGCACUCAAGCAAAUUAUUGAAAUAAAAUUGAACCAUGUUAGUUCCAAGGUGACCAAGUUUGCGUGGAGUAGACAUUAAACAAUAUUUCUGUCUCUCUCUCUCGUUUUCUUAAUAAAGUCAAGAUAUAUUGAUAACAUAUCAUUUUAUAGAUGAUUUAUAAUGGUUUAUUUCUAGAUUUUCAUGAAAUUACUGUAAAUAUCUUGUCAGCUUUCACAGUAGAUAAUUAAGGUUGAGUAACAUCUGAAUUUAAAUGAAAUGUUUUAUAUACUUUUUAGUUUGGAUUUACAAAAACAAAAUAAUUCAUAAUUAAUUAAUUAAAUAGAUUGUAUAUAGUUUUGCAUAGUUUUAUAAAUUCAUGUAGAUCAUGUGAAAUUUCAAGUUUUAGUCCGAUUUACUUACCAAAUCAGGUUUAAUUUUAGUGUUACUUUUAGUACCGGUAUGUGUUAUGUUGAAAUGUGAAGCUUUUCUUACAUUUGCUAUGGUAUAUUGUUUAAUACUAAAUGUCCUUACUUUUGCUAUGAUAUGUUGAAAUGCAAAAUGUUCUUACUUUUGCUAAAGUAUGUUGAAAUGCAAAAUGUUCUUACUUUUGCUAAAGUAAGUUGAAAUGUGAAGCAAUCUUACUUUUGCUUUAGUAUGUUGAAAUGUGAAACUGUUCUUACUUUUGCUAAAAUAUGUUGAUAUGUGAAGCAAUCUUACUUUUGCUAUGGUAUGUUGAAAUGUGAAGCAAUCUUACUUUAGCUAAAGUAAGUUGAAAUGUGAAGCAAUCUUACUUUUGCUUUGGUAUGUUGAAAUGUGAAAUGUUCUUACUUUUUGCUAAAGUGUUUUUAAAUGUGAACAGUUCUUACUUCAGCUAAAGUAUGUUGAAAUGUGAAGCAUUGUUACUUUUGCUAUAUUGAAAUGUGAAAUGUUCUUACUUUUACCAAGGUUGUAUUUUGUAGUAAGAUGAAGACAACUGGUAAUGUUGAACAUAUGGACUAUUAGACUAUAAUUAUUCUUGUCAAAAAAAAUAAAUCAUAUGUAAAUACAUGUAUAAAAUUAGACAGGCCUUUUUUAAUAUAUUUUUUAAAGAAACAUUGUUAGGAUUCUCCUGACCAGGCUUCUUGUUUCAGUCAUAUUUUCUAGCCUUGACUGACGGUCAGUGAAAUUAGACAGACAGGAGAAUUUGACAGUCACUCAGUUUACAUACCAUAGUUAAUGUAGGUUUUCUUGUGUAAAGAUGCUUAUUAAUGUAUAUAAAAUUGUUCAGCCUGAUACUUAUUUAAUAUACUCAGUUAAUUAAUGAGU